AUGGACCUGGAGCAAAGUUUUACUGCCUUGCUGUCAAAAAGUGAACAACUGGAGCAGGAAAAUGAGCUGUUGAAGUUGAUGCUGAGUGUAGUGAAGGAAAACAGAGACCUGCAACACAACCACAGCGAGAGUCAAUUUUCGCGAGUUUCAAAAUACGCCAAACAUAUACAAGCGACCAUAUACGAGCGAGUUCUUCGCGUUUGGUGUGAACGCACAGUAUCCACACCCUCAGGAAGACAUCCAUCCAGUCUGUGGCAAAACACCAUCAACGAGAGACAAUUCAGACAAGAUUUGCAACAAACCAGAGUCAAACAUGAACAGCGGACCUCAUCGCUUGUUGACUUAAAGUCUUUCAUCCAAAACUCGGUGCACACAGACACAAGUGAAGAAGCAGAGUUUCAAAGCUCCCGGGCCGAUUUUCCAUGUAAGGUCAAAGGUCCAGAGAGGCUGCUGGGAGAGAUUGCCUACCAACUGGAUAGGAGGAUUUUAUCUCAUAUCUUCCAGGGCCAGAAGAGGCUUUAUGGCUUCACACUGCUGAAUAUCCCCCAUAAAAUAAUAGAGGUCAGCAGCCACCCGCUGACAGGGAAGGUAGACGACGGCUAUCGGCUUCAUCUCACUCAGAGGUAUGCCGACCUCAUGGAGAGGCUGAACCAGCUCGGCUACAAACCGACACUUCACCCUCCUUUCACUGAAUUUAUUGUCAACACUUAUGGGAUCCUGAAGGAGAGGCCUUGUGAAAACAGUCCCCAGGCAACUGAAUACAACAAUCCAGACUUUCUGAGGAAUUUUAUCGUGACCACUGCACCAAGAAAACUUCAGAGGGACCUUCUGCUGGUGCUCACCUGCCUCUGCAACAUGGCCGAGCAGCACAGGAAGCCUCUUCUGAUGUGGUAGAUGUGAAGUCAUCUAAAGACCACCAAGGCUUACAUUGCCCUUAAACUGGAGAUAACCACUGAUAAAUUAAAUGGCAUGAUAAAAACUGUGUGGCUAUGAAUUUUAUUGGUGGAUGGUAA